AUGGAAGUGCUAUUCACUCAAUAUGAAGACUCUCCAAUAAUAUACGAUGACGUUGUCGAUCCUCAACCUCAUCUCGACUACGUUUCGAGGAAGACAAACGCACAUUUAAUCGUUUCAAAUUUAAUUAAGUAUGGAAUUAAUUUGCGAGUUUCUGAAGACAUUUUGCAGCAUCUAUCUGAUAAAAUCAUUUCAGAAUCACCAACCUUUUAUUCAAUCCAAUUUGAUGAAGAUGUGUAUGUGGAUUCCAGAGUAUGGAAUCACUUGAUUUUGAGCCUUUAUAACACAAAGUUGUCUUCGAUAGAAACUGAACAAAUUGACUCAAUAAUCAACGAAAUUACGACUUCUGAAUUGUAUAUCGCACAAAAUAAGUUUAUUGAAUCGGUUAAUAACAAAUUCCCCUACCUUCUCGAAAAUAAUUUCGGGAACAAGUUUAAUAGUAACGGAGUAUACGUAUAUAAUUCGUUUAAGGAUGUUCCAAAAGUGUAUUACUCGACAAAGAAGCAGAAAUUUCUUUCUUCAUUCAGUAGAGAAGAUUAUGAAAAGGAAACCCAUGGAGAUCCCAUAGAUCAAAUAUGCUCAAUACGUUAUCAGCUGCUACUGGAAAGGUGUCGUGGAUAUAAUUUUAAUGAAUGGAUUGGAAUUGAAUCACACUCUUAUCUUAUGGCAGUUACGGUCGAUUCAGUAUCUUUCAGUUCUGAAGGCGUUCAAUUGUUGAUUGGAAACUUGUCGAAAUCUAAAUAUGGUGAUCUUUGUAUUCAAGGUUCACUAGUUGAGUUAAAAAUAAAAAUCGCACCUGAAUGCAAGAUAAGUACGGGAAUAUACUGUUAUGGGCAAGUGGUGAUAGUAUAUGGAGUAAUGAUAUCAUUGGAGAACGUAUUUGAAGUAAGGGGCUUGACACAUCCUCCACUCACACCUAAAGAUGACGUUUCUCACCUAAACUUGUUUGGUGGACAUCACAAUCCAAUGGAUCUGGUUACUUUUCGUGAAUUGCCGAAUAUGCUAUCCAUAAAGAAUAUGUACUUUAAUUGGUUUGUGAUUACCGACCUACACCUUGACAAGACUGAUAAUAUUAAUCAAAUUGAACUCCUUUUCAAUUCUUUGAUGGAUAAUUAUUCUAAACAUCAGCUACCAGUUGGGUUCAUAUUUAUGGGCAAUUUUAACUCAUCCGAAUAUAACUUCGAUUAUUAUCGCAACUGGACAGACACAUUUGAACUCAAAUCCACUACAAACUCAUUUGAAUCAUACUCUGCAGGGUUCGAAGCACUUUUCAAAGUACUCACUAAACCCAAGUUUAUCAUGAUCCUGGCGAGUACAUCUUUACCCAGCUGUUACCUGGUUUUUGUUCCUGGACCUAAGGAUGCUACUUUAUGCCGACAACGAGUUCCAAGGAACCCUCUGCUGAGUUUCGCCACUAACCGUUUCAAAGAGAGGUUGGAAAGUUCUAGACCAGAGUCUAAAGGUCGAGUUAUAAUGGCCACUAACCCUUGUAGAAUAAGACAUUGGGGCAGAAAGAUGAUCUUUUUCAGACAUGAUAUCAUGAGUCACCUUAUUCUGGACUCAAUCAUUACAACUUCCAACUAUUCAAACAGCUGUCAAGAUCUCUCAGAUAUGUUGGUCGAGACAAUAGUUGGACAAAGUCAUCUAUUACCUAAUAAACCUGGGCUAUCAACUGUAUUAAAUCAUGAUUCUAGUUUACUAUUACACUCUUUGCCAGAUCUGAUAUGUUUGGGCGAUUCAAGUUCACCCGCAUUUGUUAAAACUCAUGGAAUUAAGGGUAAAUGUACAAUAGCUAACUGUGAGAGCAAUAGUGACACAUUUAAAAAUGUAAUUUCAUACGACUCAAUCACAAACAAGAUCAAUGUCAUUCCAGUAUAUUCAUUUUAA